CUAUGGCUACCCGCAAUAUGGUCAAUAUAGGUAUACAAAGAUUGUUGACCUCGCAUAUAGCAAAUACCUAAGAACGACGAAUAUUGUGUUUCGGUGUAGCCAUUUUUCUUUAUUGUAGCCAUAAGAAAUAAUAAUAAAAUUGUAUUGUUAUUGUGAGGUUAUUAAAUUGCUAAGAUGUACAUUACAUGCACGGUUUUUUGUGUGAUGUGAAUUUUUUUUUAUUCAAAAUAAUGUUGGUAAAAUCCAUGUCGCUAGUUGAAUUGAAAAAACAACAAUGGGCAAAGGAAAAAGAAGAACUUGGGAAAUUAAAUAAUUAUUGGAGAAAUCAAAAGUCGUCCGUUAUUUUUGACGAUCAACGGAGUCCAGAAAGGCAAUUCAGUGCAAAUGAGCGUCGUUUUGACUUGAACUAUGAUAAUCAAAUAGAUAGGAAUUUGAGUUUUCCUCCAAUUUCGCAUGACUGUCAGACACAAAACAUACAAAACAAUAGCACGUUACACCCUAUCCAUAAGAUCGACAAAGAACAACUCAAUGAAAACCACAUUAAGGGAAUCAUGGACGACUUUAAACCAAAAACCACUCAUACCAUACUAAACCGAACUUACACGAUUGCAAAAGAGAAUGGUCUCAAUGAUGGUCCGCAAGAAAGACAGAAAUGGGAUAGGCAAUAUAUUUUAAACCAUAAUACUGAAUUCAAUAUGCAAAAUCUCACUGAGCACGAACGCAGGUACAUGAUCAACGAAAACAACAGAUUUGGAACACCAGCUUGGGUAGAACACUCAUCAGAUAGAGUAUUAUCAGGUCAAAAAAUCCAAACCGAAGAUGUUCGGAAAACCUCAGAUUUCAAAGGCAGUUGUGAUACAUUGAGCUCUUUGGAUUCAACUAAUAUAAAUAACAGGACCUAUUUAUUGGGACAAAACGUUCCAUUGACAACCGAGGAAUUGGCCAACAGAGAAAUCAAAAGACAUAAAGCUCUUGAACUACAAGAAGCGAUAAAACAACAGUUAAAAGAACGUCAAAUGAAAAAAAGAGAAGAAAUCGAAAGAAAAAAGCAAGAAGACUUAGCCGAAGAACGGAGGAUAAAAAGACAACAAGAAAUCGAAAAAAAACGUCUUGAAGAUGAAAUAAAAAGGCAGAAAGAAAAAGAACUUUGUGAUGAACGAAAAGCAAAAGCCAUGCAAGAAGUCCUCGAAAAUGCUCAAAAACAAGCGAAAGAAGACAAAUCAAAGCAUAUGCAAAAGAAAAGACAGGCGGUGGACGAAGUUAAGCAACAAAUACCAGAAACUGUAGUAACCCCUGUAAUUACUACGGUCGAAAAAAACAGUGUCCCUCAAGCUGACCCUGAACCGCAACCGAUAUGUCUUUCCGAGGAGACUAUUCCCAAAGAGACUGUUCCGAAAUUACCAGAAGUUGACUUGCAGACUUCGCCAGCAAAAUUAAACCGUCAAAAACUGUUAACGCCCAGCAAAUACCGAUCGCAGACUGCCAGCAUCGCCACUCAAACAGACGAAUCUAAGAGGCCAAAAGCAACAAGAACGGUUUAUCAGAAAUCUAUUGAACUGGAAAAAAGACCGAAAUGGGGUGUAAACAGACCAGAAGUACAGUACGUCAAGCAAAGCGCAAAGGAUCCCAAUUAUCAGAUGAAGUUAAAACAAAAGUCCACGUGGAACGGACGAACCGGUAGCGUUAGCUCGGGCAAAAGUCAGUCGGACACGCCGUCAACAGCUCAGACAAAUUUCAUGGUAUUGGAGAAUGGCGGUAAACAUAGUUCGAAAAAUAUGUCCGCAUACAGUCGACCGAAUUUUGCAGAAAUGAAUAAUUACAAAAGCGUAUCAAUUCCUUCCACGUCUGAAAGCAUAGCGGUCAGCGAUGUGCUUUAUCAAUUGUCAUCAUUGCGCAAAGUGUUAGAAACAAAGAGAAAACACUGGAAAAGUGUCAUUACUGAUGAAUCACCGUCAUCUGACUCGUCAUGAUUUAUUAAUUUAUAACCAGAAAUUGCUAGUCCACAGUCAAUAACUAAUCGUAACUAACUCCUCACGUCUCUAAAUAUUUAGAGACUACAUUAAUUAACAACUCUACUUUAAAUUUGGGCAUCAGUUUGGUAACCCAAGAAAAAAUAUCAAAUUUUAAUCAACAAACCAUUAUUUAUUUACAUUAGUAUGUGUUCCAUUCAGAUUGUAUUUCCAUAAGAUUGUAACAAUCUACAUUUAAAUAAUGUUUACAUACUAAUUGAGUUUAAGCUCUUAAAAAUACUACGUAGGUCGUAGGCACACCUAUGUGCUGUACAAGUACUUAAAUCGAUUUUUGAUUAUUACAGCUUUAAUACAGUUCAAAAGCAAGCUUUAAAAUCGUAAAGUUUUAUUUG